AUGUUUUUGUUAAAUAACACGAAUGAGGAAUCCCCCAAAGAAAUAUUGCUAAACGAGUUGAAGUAUAAAGUUAGGGUUUUAGCAGGCAUUGUAUUUGUCAUUAGGUCAGUUCCAAUGGUCAUUAGUUUAUUUAGCAAGAGAGCAGAUUGA